CGCCCCCCCCCCCCCACGCAACUAGAAACCAUAUCCCACUAUUCCUUUCUUGUAUUCUAUUAUUUCCUCAGACAAUUUAAAUUAAUUGAGUUAGCUAGUUCCCUUUCCUCUCUCGUCUCGUUCUUGAUAUCGGUGUGCAAACACUCCUAUAUAUAGAGUUCCUUGAUAUUACAGCUAUCAGCUAUCUAUCACCAAGCUUCCGCUCACCCCGCCGCCUUUCUUUCUCCCCCCCCCACCAGUUAAUUCUCCCCCGAAAUCCGUCACCAUGGCUGAUGCAGACCGCGCCUCUACUCCUCCCGUGGGCCAGGAAAAGAUCAACACCGAUAUCAUCUCCCUCACACGCUUCCUGACAGAGGAGCAAUCGAAACACCCAGAAGCCACUGGCGAUUUCACCCUUCUCUGCCAUGCCCUCCAAUUCUCCUUCAAAUCCAUCUCAUACUACAUCCGCCGCGCCACCCUGAUCAACCUCACCGGUCUCGCAGGUUCCGCCAACACCACCGGUGACGACCAAAAGAAACUAGACGUCAUCGGCAAUGACCUCUUCAUUGCCGCAAUGCGCGGAUCCGGCAAGUGCCGCAUCCUCGUCUCCGAAGAAGAGGAGGAGGCCAUAAUCUUCGACGAGAGCCCCGAAGCCCGAUACGCCGUCGUCUGCGACCCCAUCGACGGCUCCUCCAACCUCGACGCCGGCGUCUCCGUCGGCACCAUCUUUGGCGUCUUCAAGCUGACCGACGAGGCCCUGGCCCCGAACUACACCGUCACCGCCAAGGACGUCCUCCGCCCUGGCACAGAACUCGUCGCCGCCGGUUUCACCAUGUACGGCGCCUCGGCUCAGCUCGUCAUCACAAUGAAGGGCGGCACGGUCAAUGGCUUCACCAUGGAUACCUCCCUGGGCGAGUUCAUCCUGACGCACCCCAACAUGCGCCUCCCCGCCAAGCGCGCCAUCUACAGCGUCAACGAGGGCAACUCCAUGUACUGGGAUGACUGGGUGCUCGAGUACUUCAAGGACCUGAAGUACCCGGCCUCCGGCAAGCCGUAUAGUUCUCGAUAUAUCGGUAGCAUGGUUGCGGACGCGUACCGGACACUGCUGUACGGAGGCGUCUUCGCCUACCCGGCGGACAAGAAGAGUCCCAAGGGGAAGCUGCGAAUCCUGUACGAGUGUGCGCCCAUGGCUCUCGUGUUUGAGAAUGCGGGCGGCCAGGCGCUUAAUUCGCACAUGGAAAGACUGCUUACCCUUGCUCCGGAGCAUAUCCAUGACCGUAGCGGGGUGUUCUUGGGCAGCUACGAUGAGGUUGAGAAGGUCAAAGAGUUCCAUCGGAAGCAUGCCAAGUAGGCUGAAUCUUGUUUUUGUUUUUGUGUUCUCUUUUCUUGCCUUCUUCCGGAUGGUUUAAUCCCAGCGUCAUCAACCUUUCCAUACUGUUUAUUGGAUCCACCCUCACUCCAUAUGUAUAUAUAUACAUAUAUCGCGUCAUCAUUGCGUACAGAGUGAGUUUUAAAAAAUCUAGCUAAAUUAGUUACUACUAUAUCAUCAUGUAAAUAGCAGAGAAAUACUGAGAUAUCCAGACCCACGUCCUCCUGUACUGUGUAAUUUUAUCCUAAAGUUCCUCCAUACUUACUGUACAUACAUCUGAGAGAUAUCCCCCGAGGGAACCCCUCCGACCCCUCGAAAUGUCAAAAGCCAACUAAGGUAACUAGUUCCCUUUUAGGAGGAGAAACUGAACCCCCACGCCGAGUUUCCGCAAGGGGAGUCCAAGAGUCAUCAGCCAGCCAGCGGAAUGGAAUGGGAUAACUAACUACGUAACUUCGUUACUUCCAUAGUUAAUCAUCGAAUUUUCCUAGCUUCGAUCUCCAACUGACCAAAUCAUUAUUGACUAACUUAUUAAGGCAUGAAUGCUGACUAUUCCUGCUGCAUGAGAGCAUUGCUGAAUUUGAUUUUAUAACAUUCAGCAUUUUUCUCUUUCCCCUUCUUCUUCUUCUUCUUCUUCUUUUCUUUUCUUUUCCUUUUUUGACACUGCUCUGAAUAGAGUUUGUUAUGCCGAUGCGCUCAACACACUAUACACCUUUCCUGCUCACUCAAAAUGUGUUUUUCAUUCUGGAGUUUCUUGGGCUUGCUUGUAAGAGGCAGAGGUGGCCAUGUCUGCCAUAUUCAGUUUGAAUAAUGGAUGGACCGGGAGAGUCCGGAUUGUCUGUCUGGGAAUGGAAAUGAGUGUUGGCUGGAUGCUCUAUCUGGGGCUACGUGACUUACAACACCUAGAAUGAACGGGCAACAGCAGAUCACAGAACAGCAUCAUGUGGCUUUCAUUCUGGCCGCCAUGACGGCAAUGACUGGUAAUAAUGAAUGUACGGAGUACGCUGUAUUAUUCUUACCAUCUGGGUAGUUACAGAGUUACUAGGUAUUGCUAUUACUAGCCCUCUGUCUUGCCGUUACCAUGGGGCAUACAGCGUACACUUUUUGAUGUGGUGCCAAAGAAGUAGAUCGUUGGUGCCAACUCACUCAGGCUGAAAAAAACAUAUUAAACCUCAUUAAAAGUACGUGCACUAGAGAACUAUAUCCACACCCCAGGACCC